ACAGUGUCAUCUGUCUCCCUUCACAACACUGCUGGCCUCAUGUGACACGGAAAUAGAUAAUGCCAUACCCAUGCAGACCGGCACUCCUCCUCUUGGGUAAUGCGUUUGGCUGAUACUUUCCACACAUCACUGUUGUUGAUAUCCAGAAGGAUUUGCUGUGUCUCCACUGCAUGGGAACUUCAGCUGCAGACUACAUCAUGAGAUCUUGUGGUGUUUCUUAAGAUACAAAGUGUUACUAUACGGCCAUGGGCAGGCGGACGUGUGACCGCCCCACAGCUGUCCACCUGUCGGCACAGCACGUCAGACAGCUGCUGCCGACACCUGCACGGCGAGUGAGAAGGAGGAAAACAACGUGGCAGGUGUCCGCCGCGGUGUUCCUGGUGCUGUGGGGAGUGUUGGGCGUGGUCGUCGCUCUACGAGAAGCGUUUGACGUGGAGAGGAUCACCAGGACCGUGUACACAGCGACAGGUACAGGAAACCUCGACGCUGCUCCCACCAACACCAGCCCUGUAGGGAACUGCUCCCCGCCGGCCAUCGGACGCUUUCCCGGCGACCUGUUCACGCAGGCGCAGCGGCGUCAGGGAGCCGUCAUUCUGCACGUCAUCGCCUCGCUAUACAUGUUCAUGGCGCUUGCCAUCAUUUGCGAUGACUACUUUGUGCCCGCACUGGAAAGGAUCAGUGAAGGUCUGCGUCUCCAGCCGGAUGUGGCCGGUGCCACGUUCAUGGCGGCCGGAAGUUCGGCCCCCGAGCUCUUCACGUCCAUCUUCGGCGUCUUCAUCAGCCAAGACGACAUCGGAGUGGGAACCAUCGUGGGGUCGGCCGUCUUCAACCUGCUCUUCAUCGUGGGGCUGUGCGGGCUCAUGGUCGGGACGGCCAUCACCCUGACGCUGUGGCCCCUGCUGCGGGACUGCAGUAUCUACCUCAUCAGCGUGGCGGCGCUCGUUAUCGUUAUGUACGACGAACAGGUCCACUGGUACGAGGCGUGUGUCCUGGUGUGUCUGUACUGUCUGUACGUGGUACUGAUGUACUUCAACCGUCAGCUGAGCUCAGAGUUCAGCCGCCGGUUCCCCGCAGCAACUGUUGACCCUCAAAACCGCCGGCAGUCGGGACAGUAUGAGAAAACGCCGCUAAUGAAAGCAGGUUUUGCUUCUGAAAAAACUGCGGAAGAAGGAGAUGCGGCAACAGAUGACCAAAUCUGGUCCUCUGACAUCAGGAAAGACCGUCUGUCUAAGUUCUCCGCCCCACGACAGACUCAAGAACAGAAUGCCGCAGAAGAAGUGCAAUUCCUGGAGACGCCGCCUAGUGGCGCUGUCACGACCCAUUCGGACGAAGCGGUCGGCGGUGAGCCUGAGUCUCCGUUCUCCGUCCCGUCCCAGCCCUGGAGGAGAGUAUUAUGGGUUGUGGGGCUGCCUCUGACCGCGCUGCUAUGGGGGACCGUGCCUGACUGCCGCCGGGACAGGUGGAGAAGAUGGUAUCCUGUCAGCUUCCUCAUGUCAGUCGUCUGGAUAGGAGUCUUCACCUACAUACUCGUCUGGACCGUCACCGUCAUAGGCUUCACGGUGGGUAUCCCGGACACAGUGAUGGGCCUGACGUUAAUCGCCAUCGGAACCAGCGUGCCUGAUGCCAUAUCUAGCGUCCUGGUGUCUAAAGAAGGAGAGGGAGACAUGGCGGUGUCGAACGCAGUCGGCAGUAACGUGUUUGACAUCCUGGUCGGCCUGGGCGUGCCUUGGCUCGUCAGGACGGCGGUCGUCCAGACAAACAGCGUGGUGCCCAUCCACAGCGGCGGUCUGGUGUACUCUGCUGUCACCCUGCUGUCCACGGUGCUGGUCCUGCUGUUCAUCAUGUGGCUGAACCGCUGGCGGCUGGACAGGAGGCUGGGGGUCAUCUGCAGCUGUCUGUACGCUGUCUUCAUCACGCUGGCCACGCUGUACGAACUCAACGUGUUCGGACACUUCAGCCUGCCUACCUGUCUGGGGAACUAAAUACUGAUGGCCCACAAAAUUUUGACUUAAAG